AUGUCGGCUCCUCUUGGGACGGGCGUCGAUAUCGAGCAAUCUCGUCAGGGUGGUCACAUGGAGAACCAGACAUUCGCUGGCGUGGUCUCUUUAAGCUCUCCUCGCCCAGAACAAGAACAACCAUCCAGGCUCACUCACGAUACUGCUGCACCAGAGUGGCAACGAGGAUCUGAUGAGAUUAUCCAGAGUCUGUCAUCUCAGAUACACUCUAGAUCCCACACAAUGUCUGCAUCUCUUAUGCCUUUGGUCGGGGCCGCAUCGAUGAGUCCUCACUCACUUUUGCUGCUGCAGCAUUAUUUGGAAGAAACAUCCACGUUUCUGGUGGCGAAGCCUGCCCGCUUCAACCCAUAUGUCACUCUUGUCGUGCCUCUGGCCUAUUCUGAUGGCCUUCUCAUGCAUGCCGUGUUGGCAUUAAGUGGAACCCAACUAAGCUUCAAAAAAGCACAAGAUUACCAUAUACACCUCGUCACACGACGGCAUUACUCUGAGGCCCUUCGAACACUGGGCAUCCUCGUCGCUGACCAAUCAGCAUGUGAGGAUCUUGAUAGAGCUUUGCGCAUCGCUCUGGUCUCACUGAUUCUUUGCUAUGUCGAGGCAAUAUCAGGCGAAUCUGGUGGUGGGGGUAUCUUUCCACACCUCCGUGCCUGUCGCGAAAUGAUUCUCACACUCCUCCAACAGGAGCACGAGACUUUUCCGAACGAAGACACGAGAUUGAUAAAAGGAUUCGUCGUUGAGGUUUACUCGUUUUUGGUCUUUUCCAACAGCAUAGUGCCCUGCGGAUCCGGUGAUGCAGCCCGCACGGUGCCUUAUGAUUCAUUCCUGGAUUCUUUGCAAUUCCUACAAGAAUACCAAACGUUUGGGGUCCUUGUCGGCUGUGCACCCGCAUUGUUUGAGCUCAUUCCUCCAGUCACGAGGUUGGCCAUGGAUCGACUUCGCGAGGAAGAAGAGGACAUCCAAGAUGCAGCUGCCGCUCUUUGCGACAAGCCUGACCAGCAGUCCAGGUACGACGAGCUUGUCAAAAUUCUGGAACAAUGGCGGCCACCGCCUGUCGCUUCCGAGAUGGCCGAGUGGACCCUAGAGCAUACUUGGAUAGGGGAGAUCUACCGGCAGGCGCUGCUUAUCUUUGUCAGAGCCGCGGUAUGCGGCUCGGUGGUCGACAAUCCCAAGGUCAUUGCCGCCAUUCAGCGCCACAUCGACGUCGUGAUGCCUUUACUUCUCCCCGUCGCCGACUCGCCCUUCGGAACCCUCCUUCUCUGGCCCGUCAUGGUCAUAGGGUCUUGCCUCGUCGCCGAAAGUCAACGCCAAUUCUUUCUCAACAGACUGUACAAUGAGACCAAGGUGGUGGUCGCUCAAGUCAUCGAAGCGGGGAGGCUGUUGGAACUGGUCUGGAACGACGACGAUAAGCGUGCCUACGGGCCCUUUGGUCUGCACCUCGUUAUGAAGAAGCACAAAAUCAACUUUGGCGUUUCGUGA